CGCCGUUGUUGUAGUGACCGGGAAGCGCCCGCACUCCAGUCUGACGGUUCCGGGCGCCGCACGGUCCCCCCUCGUCCCCACCCCUCCCUGGUCCCCCAAGGCCCCGGGCGCCGUCCGCUCCCCGCAUGGCCUCCGGCCUGGAGGAUCCGAUUCUGGAACGUUCUUUUAAAGGUCACAAAGCUGCCAUCACCUCCGCUGACUUCAGCCCCAACUGCAAACAAAUUGCUACUGCUUCAUGGGACACCUUUCUCAUGCUAUGGAGUUUGAAGCCACACGCUAGAGCUUACAGAUACGUGGGCCACAAGGAUGUUGUAACCAGCCUGCAGUUCUCGCCACAAGGAAACCUAUUAGCCUCUGCCUCGAGGGACAGAACUGUUAGACUGUGGGUUCUUGAUAGGAAAGGGAAGUCUUCAGAAUUUAAAGCACACACAGCCCCAGUUCGGAGUGUGGACUUUUCCGCUGAUGGCCAGCUUUUGGUUACAGCAUCUGAAGAUAAAUCCAUCAAAGUGUGGAAUAUGUUCCGUCAGCGCUUCCUCUACUCCCUGUAUCGACACACACACUGGGUCCGCUGUGCCAAAUUUUCACCUGACGGAAGGUUGAUCGUGUCAUGUAGUGAGGAUAAAACUAUUAAAAUUUGGGACACUACCAAUAAGCAGUGCAUUAAUAACUUCUCAGACUCUGUAGGAUUUGCAAAUUUUGUGGAUUUUAACCCUAACGGCACAUGCAUCGCUUCAGCAGGUUCUGACCAUGCUGUGAAAAUCUGGGAUAUAAGAAUGAACAAAUUACUCCAGCACUACCAAGUUCACAGCUGCGGUGUGAACUGUCUGUCCUUCCAUCCUUUGGGUAACAGCCUUGUCACCGCCUCUUCUGACGGAACAGUUAAGAUGCUGGAUCUCAUAGAGGGAAGACUCAUAUACACACUUCAAGGACAUACGGGGCCCGUCUUUACCGUUUCAUUUUCAAAGGACGGAGAGCUGUUUACAUCAGGCGGUGCAGAUGCGCAGGUCUUGAUUUGGAGGACCAACUGCAUUCACCUGCACUGUAAAGAUCCUAAAAGAAACCUCAAAAGAUUGCACUUUGAGGCCCCCCCACACCUGCUUGACAUCUACCCACGGUCACCGCACUCCCAUGAAGACAGAAAGGAGACUAUUGAAAUUAAUCCCAAGCGUGAGGUGAUGGAUUUGCAGAGCUCUUCUCCCCCCGUGGUGGAUGUCCUUUCUUUCGAUUCAACCACAAUGAUGGAUUCCACCUGUCGAGCUGUGCCAGGCAAGGGUGAAGACAUCUGUAGGUAUUUCUUGAACCCUUUGUUAAUGCCAGAAUGUUCAUCCACAACUGUGAAAAAGAGACCAGAAGAUGUAAGUGAUGUGCCCUCCGAAAGCCUGAGGAGCGUGCCGCUGGCAGUGGCUGACGCGCUGGAGCACAUUAUGGAACAACUCAACAUCCUAACCCAGACUGUUUCAAUUCUGGAGCAGCGACUGUCUUUGACAGAAGAUAAGCUGAGAGACUGCCUUGAGAAUCAGCAAAAGCUUUUCAGCGCUGUCCAACAGAAGAGCUGAGCAGGGAGGGGCGUGAGAGAGCUCAGGCCAGUCGCCGGAAGACGUCUCACACACUCUGGAGGUAGCCGAGGCCUUCCACAUCCCUGCCUUCCACAUCCCUGCCACGCACUAACCGAUUCUUCAGAGGGUGAGCAACGAAACCAAAAAGGUUCAAGGCAUUCAUUCUCAGGGACUGACUUAAACACACAAAUCAAUGUCAAGGAUCAAGUUAUGCUCCUCCCAGGUAUAAUCGCAGUAAUAAAGUUAUGAACAUUUUAAUCACCCCAUUUCCCCCCUCCCCCAUAUUAUUUGAAAUGCCAGCUUUUGUUUAACGUGCAGAUCCCCACCAGGAAAGUAAGCGGACCUCUAGAUUGUAUUGUUGCACCAUCUCAGAGUGACCAUGCCCAGGCAGUUCCUGAAGGUAAUGAAUGUGUUUCUUAGGUGAGCACAGCCCUGAGGGGAAACCAUCCUCUUGCUUUCAGAUAGCAUCUGAGAUGUAGAAAACUGAGCUGGCUCGUAGUUCUUUCAGGUCAAAAAGAGUCAGCCUUGAAACCACGCUCCCUCCCUCAGUAUUUCCACAGCAAGAAUCAGCUUCUUUUGAUUAGCAAGCGUGCUCACAUGACAGGGCAGGCGUUUUCCUUGUCUGGUGGGACCCGCAUGAGGCGUGCGCGUCUCUGGUGUUACAGGUGAACACACUGAGUGGUCUGGGUCAUACUGAACCUGUGGCCACAGCUCACAGAGAUUAUGUCUGUGUGGUUUCAGUACACUAAAAAGCCAAAAUGAUGAAAAGUAUGCACACAUGAAUCACAUGGAUUAUUGCUUAAGGUGAUUCUGGUGGCUGGAAUAAGUGCAUUUUUAUUUAGAAAAAAAAGUGCAUUGUCUAUUUUAGUUUAAUGAAUUGUGAUUUGAAAUGAAAAUGGGUCAGGCAUUCUAAAAGAUCUUGGACACAAGUUAAGAAUGUUUCUCUAUCUUAAACAAAAUGGAAAUCAAAGUU